GAUUAUUUAAAAUUUGACAUUAUUAAACUGCCUAAUUUACCAAUCUUUCAACUAAAACAAUUUUCAAAAUCAAAAAAGUGAAAAGCAAAUUAUAUCACCCACAAAAAAGAACAUAUUACACCACAAGUCUUUAGGGUUUAGAGUCAACCUAAAAAUUUUAGAAGAUAUUUUGCUCGCCCUUCAAAAAUUAUCAAAAUACUCUACUUUUAUUCCUUCGUACUAAUAGCAACUUUAUUUUUUAAGGUGAUAAAUUUAUCAUUUUAUUAUGUAAUAAAAAAAAUAAAUUAUAUUAAAUAAUUUGAUCUUUAAAAUUUGGUAAAAGACAUUGAUCUCUCAUGAAAUUUGAUAAAAAGACAAUGUCCUCCCUGAUAUUUCAAGAAUUCUAAAGAUAUCUAUUGAAAUUUGUCAAAAAAAUAUAAAUCUUCUUUUAUAUUUUAUAAAAAGAUAAGUUUUUUUUGUUUUUUAGGGAAUAUGUUUUUAUUUUUUUACCAAAUCUUAAGAGAGCCGAGUAUUUCUUACACUUAAAAUUUUACAUUGAAUCUACUUCCGAAUUUCAAGAACUUUUUUUAAAAGACUUUUAGGAGAAAAUAACAUUUUUUAACAAUUAGAAGAAUUUCAAUUAAAAUUUUUAAAAGUAAAUUAUAAUUUAAUAUAAUUUUAUUGAGUUAUAAAAGUAAAACCAAGAAAAUGCCUACCAUUGCCUACCAUUGUUUUUAAAAAGCGGCUAUUUAGAGACUCACAGUUCUCUUCCUCUGCAAUCCUCUUCCGCCCUGCUCUGCCUCAGAACACGACAAUGGCCGAAAAAACAGAGAAUGUAGUAAUCUUCCCACUCAUGGCGCAGGGUCACAUGAUCCCAUUCCUGGCCUUGGCCCUCCAGAUAGAACAGCGCAAAGGCUACUCCAUCACCUUCAUCAACACUCCGCUCAACAUCAACAAUCUCCGAUCGUCUCUCCCCCCGAACUCCUCCAUCAAUCUCCUCCCCAUCCCCUUCUCCGGCGCCGACCACGGCCUCCCUCCCGGCACCGAGAACACCGACGUCCUCACGUAUCCUCUCAUCUACCGCUUCGUCCAAGCCUGCUCCUCCUUCAAACCUGCCUUCCGGAGAAUCAUCUCUGACCUCGUUUCCGACGAGAGGCGCCCCCUCUGCAUAAUCGCCGACAUGUUCUUCCCUUGGACAGCCGACGUCGCCCACGAGUUCGGCAUCUCCCAUGCGAUCUUCUGCGGCGGCGGCGGAUUCGGCUUCGCCUGCUACUAUUCCCUCUGGCUCAACCUCCCCCACAAGAAGAAUCCAGACGAGGAGGAGUUCCCGCUCCCGGACUUCCCCGAAGCGGGUCAGAUCCACCGGACGCAGCUCGCGGUCGGCCUGAUUUCCGCUGGCGAGGACGAUCCGUGGACGGGGUUUCAGCUGAAAACGCUUCCCAAAUGGGCGAACGCCGACGCGGUGUUGUUCAACACGGUGGGAGAAUUCGAUUACAUCGGAUUGAGCUACUUCCGGCGAAAGCUCGGCCGACCGGUCUGGUCACUCGGUCCGGUUAAUCUCUCCCGGAAACCCGGGAAACAGUCCGGCAUCUCGUCGGAGACCUGCAUAGAAUGGCUUAGCAGAAAACCGUCGAACUCGGUCCUUUACAUAUCGUUCGGGUCGCAGAACACGGUCUCUGCAUCGCAGAUGAUGCAACUGGCGACGGCGCUGGAGAAUUCCGGCAAAAAUUUCAUCUGGGUCAUAAAACCCCCUUUGGGAUUCGACAUAAACUGCCAGUUUAAGGCCGGAGAUUGGUUACCGGAGGGAUUCGAAGAUCGGAUCCGAGAUCAGAACAGGGGAUUACUAGUACACAAGUGGGCACCGCAGGUGGAGAUUCUGUCGCACGGAUCAAUUUCUGCGUUUCUGAGCCACUGCGGAUGGAAUUCGGUGCUAGAAGCUCUCAGCCAAGGCGUUCCGAUCAUCGGGUGGCCGAUGGCGGCAGACCAGUUCUACAACGUGAAGCUAUUGAAGGAAAAGAUGGGGGUCUGCGUGGAGGUGGCCAGAGGCGGUGCGAGUGAGGUCCGGCACGAGGACAUAGUGGAAAAGAUCGAGAUUGUGAUGGGGGAGACGGAGAAGGGAAAGGAAAUAAGAAGAAAAGCAGGGGAAGCAAGGGAUAUGAUAUGGGACGCGAUUAGAGAGCAGGAAGGUUGCAAGGGUUCUUCUGUAAAAGCCAUGGAUGAAUUUUUUGAUGCUGCCGUGUCCAUGAGGAAGGAGAUGACCCAAAACGAUUCGUUUUGAUUUCUUUGAGUGGGAAACCCAUUUUUAUUUUUCUUUUGAAUUUUGGUGGGACUAAAUGGAAAGGCUACUUUGGAAAAUCCCUGCCAAAGGGAAGUUUAUCA